AGGAAGUGCAAAUGGCAGCGGCUAGGUGUGGAACAUGAAUAAACUUAUGUCAAAAUACCGAUUUUUAGAUGGAUUGAAACGAUCUAGAACAUUCUAAUGCAAUCGAACUUGGCGAAUGGUACCCAGGAUAACAAUAUAGGUCAAAGAAUGGCGCAAGGUCACCCGAUAAAGUGUGUGGUGGUUGGCGACGGGACAGUCGGCAAGACUUGUAUGUUGAUAUCAUACACGACCGAUAGUUUCCCCGAGGAAUACGUGCCUACGGUCUUUGAUAACUAUACAGCUCCGAUGAUUGUAGAUAGUAUACCAGUGAGCCUCGGGUUGUGGGAUACAGCCGGACAAGAAGACUAUGAUCGACUUCGACCGCUUUCUUAUCCUCAGACGGAUGUAUUUUUGAUAUGUUAUAGUGUAAUAAGUCCUUCAUCGUUUGAAAAUGUGACGACAAAAUGGUAUCCUGAGAUUAAGCACCACUGCCCUGAUGCUCCUAUAUUAGUAGUAGGCACUAAAAUAGAUCUUCGAGAAGAUAAGGAUGCAGUAUGUGCGUUAGUGUCGCAAGGCUUGUCACCAAUAAAACGAGAGCAGGGAAUUAAAUUAGCAUCUAAAAUACGUGCGGUAAAAUAUAUGGAAUGUUCAGCCCUGACGCAGCGGGGAUUAAAACAGGUUUUUGAUGAGGCGGUUCGAGCCGUGUUAAUGCCCCAACCAACCCCCAAACCACCCAGGAAGUGCGCAGUAUUAUGACCUCCUCCCUUGGUACUACGCUAUCAAGAUCCGACACUGUGCCGACUCUAGUUCAAUUCACAGACUGCUUCAAAGGUGGCGCUUUGGGCGUGUGUUUUUUGCAGACUUGGUCGCCCAGCCCGUGACGGAACGGCAAUCUUGCUCCAGGAGCCUCUGUUCAGUAAUUAAAUGUGCCUCUUAUGCCACUGACAACUACUUCUGCUACCACCAGAUGUCUCACUGUAUCAGAUUUGCAAAUUCUGAUUUCACCGAAGCUGGUUUUACAACUUUCAGCCGUGAAUUAAGAUCAAAUCAGCUCGAGUGGAUUUACCCGCCAAUUCAAUUGAACCUCAGGUAUAUGUUGGUGCAGACUGAUUAUUUGGAUGUAUUCACUGGAGGAUUAGACAACGCAUUGUGUGUGGCUGUGGAAAUUCUCCACCAGUCCAUCAUAUAAUUGAACAGCGGUGAAGAAAGUAACUGGGCAGAAUUCCUGCUCUUAGCACUGCAUCACUGUCGAGUGAAUAUAUACAUUAUACACUGUAUACAUUUACAUGUUGGGAGUCGAUAUGAAAGACUCUUUAAAUUUCAUCCAGUUAAAAAACUAAAAGUGUAAAGCAUGUACAGAUAUGUUUAUGUGCAUAACAGUACACGUGACAAUGUACGAGAAAGUGUGCUUUAGCAGGUGAGCAGGAGGCCAUUUUUUAAAAAUGCUGCAAAGUAUACAUAUGAUAAAUAAUUGUAAAAAACCGAGAAAAUCUUCUAUGGUACUGUUUAAAAUGAUCGCAGCUAUCCAAAAAGUCCCAAGUCAUGUUUGGUGAAUUUUCGCUUCUGUGAAAUUGGAUGAAAUUUGAAGGGUCUUGCAUAUCAUUUCCCAACAUGUAGAUGUAAUGUAUAUAGUGUGUAUGUAUUUCCAUGUGAGAUUGAUUGCAUCCAAUUCUAAAAUAUCUGGAUUUAGAACGAACCGCACAUUACAGUGUAAAUGUAUUAUGCGCAAACGAAGCCUCGUUUUGAAGUCGGCGGUUACGGUUGGGCAACCUAACUGCCUGGGUUGGUGCAAAAUGUGGAAGCUGGUGAGACAACCAAUACCUCCAGUAUCAAUUUCUUAAAUAAGUGUCUGGGCGGCCAGGUCUGUUGCUUCCUAACUUCAAUGUUUAAGACUCAUAUGUGCUUGUAAUCUUGAUGAAAUGUAUUCAGUUUUUUACUGGGUUUGGAGCAGAGGAUUAUUUUUGGACAUUGUGUGAUAAAAUCACUCUUGGCUCCUGUUGUAGUAUUCGUGGUAAGAUUUGCAAUCUCAUGAAAAAUACAACGGAGCCGUAUUUAUUUGGUGUUGGGCCUGUUGGGUGGGAUUAUGUAAAAAUGCGAUCAUAAGACAAUAGAUGUGGGAAUAUUUGUAAAGGGAUCAACGGAAUUAUUCCAAUACUGAUUGUAUUUUGUUGAAGUUAUAUCCAGAUUUUUCUCAAAAAGAGUCACAUUGCGACUGUCUCAAAAAGUAGGGUUGAUGUUGUAGUGAAAAUUCUUUAGCACAGAGCAUCCUAUGGAAGAUUUAGGAGGAACUUCAGUGAUAGAAAUUAAGAAAUUAUGAACUUUCCUGUUAUGCCGUAAUUAGGAGAAGAUAAAAGAAUUCUAUGAAAAUUGUUCUGUGCCAUGCGUGAUCUGGAAGGCGUCCAGUAUCUGUAACUACAUAGUACAUGUACACCCUAGAGAAUAAGUUGCCCAUAUUGCCGAUAAUCAGGCAAGUCUUCCAGCUUGCCGAGCGUACCUCAGAAUUGAGUGCGUAUGAUGUUAUAUUGUCAAUGUUACCAGAUAGACACAGGUAAUUUUGCCUGUUUCUUGUGAUGCAGACAUUCUCCCAGGGCUCAAUCAGCACUGUCCCAGGCAGGUUGCCCGGUUAAUAGUUAGAAGCCCUGCCUUGAAUGCCCAAGACGAUAAGAUUAUCGGCACGCUUGGGAACGGAUUCUCCAGGGAGUUCUAGUUGUAAGCGGUGUUUAUCUACUGUGUGCUUGGAUUGCCAGUUGUCAUGGCAAUGAGAAGCACAGGAGAUGCCAUUGGCUUGGAGUUGUCGAAGGCUUUCAAAGUUCUCCAUUGUAUGUAGUUGUCAGUAAAAGAAUUAUGGAAGUAUUUUUUCUAGUUCUUGAAAUCUGGUAUUUUUUUCGUCCCGAGGCAUUGAUUAAGUUCCACAGCAACUGUCAAAUGCUGUAUCUACGCGUAAUUUCUAAAGUGUCUAUAUUGUGGACACAUAACAAUUUAGAGCAGGUUCAUGAUGAAAUUGUUAUCUAUGCCAUGGUCAUCAUCCUUUGCUCUGUAAGGGAUGGGACCUAAAGACGAGACGCUUCUAAAGCCAUAGGAUGAAGAUCUGAUUAGUUUCACUGGCAACAAAGUUAGGAAGACUUCUUUUUCAAGUUGAUGGCUGGCAAUUGGUUGAUGACCUUGCAUUACAUGAUAUUGGUUUGAUUUAUCCAAGCCAGCCAGCAACUUUUUCUCAAUUUUUUAAAUCCCCUUCCCUAAUUAGGCCUACUGUAGACUUAAAAAUGUCAAAUUGGGAAUUCUAUGUUCAUGUGCCAACUCAAAUUAGACACAAAUGUUUGUUUCUAAAAAUGCCUAAAAAAUUGUUACCUUGGCUUAUUGACAUUUAGAGAAGUUCGAAACUGAACUGUAGUUGUAGAAAAGCAGUAGUUUAGUUCUAGAUUGUCUGCUUCUGCCUCCUAUUGUCAAAUGCUGUAUCUAUGUGUAAACGUGCCUCUGAUGGAUAGGAUUUAGUACCUACGUCCCUGCCUCUGAUCCGUAUGAUUUAGUGUGUAGUGAAUUCCGGUUUCGGCCUGGAAUUGGUGCAAUCUGCUCCUUUUGGAUACACAAUGUACAUUUAUUUUCUGAAUUUGGUUUUUAUAUCAUUUAGGCUUUUUAUAUACAUUUUAGCUCUGUUGUGUACUUAGAGACGCCAGAGGCUGUGUUUGUGAUGGUCAUAUUUUUUCUCUGAAGGGUUGAUGACGAAAGCGAGCUGAUUCAAUCUCUAGAACGUAUUACUUCUGGUAACAUCUGUGUAAAACUUUUUUCUACCAACCGGAUUAACCCACUCUAGAAUUGUUUUAAUAGGAACUGUGAAUUUUCUAGCUGACUGUUGUCACAGAUAAACCUGGACCAUGACUUGGUUGCUGUUGACCAUGUGUACUUGUGCAGUUUGUAGUUGUUGCCAACUAUGUGUCAUACAAAUCUUUACCUCACCCGAGGAAAAUAUGACCAGGUAACAGUAGAACCUCUCUAUUAUUAAAGGACACCCGCGGGACUGGCAAGUGCCGUCCUUAAUAGAGAGGUGUCCUGAUGAGAGAGGUCAAAUUGAAUGGAAACACCCAGUUUGAGACCAAAACCAGUGUCCUUUAUAGAGAGGGUGUCCUUAAUAGAGAGGUGUCUGCUAAGGGAGGUUCUGCUGUAUUUACGUUUCAGGCUUCUCCAAUAUAUUUUUACCAGACGCAACACUCGGAUGAAAUAUGUUUUUAUUUUGGCAUCAGGGCAUGGUUGGUGCCCAAGGACAACAGCAAGCCAUUCAAAAUGAGAAAAAAAUAAUUACACAACUUUUCAAUGGCGAUCAAGCAAGCAACCUGACUCAUGUUGUCCCUGAUCACCCUGUGGAAUCAGCUGCAACCUCUUAAAGCAUCUCCCACCUCUCUAAGUCAUGGCCAACCACCUCUCCGAGCGAAUCGAGCCUUGAACUGGAGGCCCUCGAAUGGUCCGUACAGCUUACUGCAACUUCCUCACUGUGGUUUAUAGGCUAUGCCAAGAGAUCCAAGGAGCUAUGUUUCGGUUUUUCAACUGAGGUUGCAUCUCUGGUUAAAGUUGAGCUGUUACAGUUGCGAGUAUGGGAGAAAUCAAAGUCAACUGUCGCGGCCAAAAUGCUGAAACCCGUUUUGUACAUCGGGUAUUUAAAAAGCCUGAUCAAGGCUCCUUGGCAUGGCCUUCCUACAGUGCAGAAGCUGCACACCAGUCCAUACAAGGACUUUGUUUACAGUCCGAGGCUGGUUUUGCUCGGUGAGGUGGUUGGUAUUGACUCGGAGAGGUGGACGAUGCUCGGAGAGGUGGCAGCUGAUUCCCCAGGGUGCCGAUUGUCUGCUAUUGCUUGGUAUUGUACAAUGAGCAAGUAAUGCCCAGCACGGUGACGGGAUUCAUUUAUUCACUCGACUGCUUUCACAGCUAAAAUGUAAUCACUCAUGCUCGUGCUGCUUUUGAAAUUAUGUUUUGGAUGCAAUCGAAAUUGUCCUGUUCUUGUUUAAAUUGGUGGCUGGGUCCAAAAUUGGGACAGUUUUCAGUUCUACGUUUUGACGAUUGUGGUAAAAAGCAAAUCUUUAUAAUAAUAUGCAAGCUCUGGUUGAGUGCUUUUGCCUGGAGUUUAAUGAUCUGGGGAGAUGAUUCACGAAUUCAAUCUAAGACUAAAGUGCCCUGCAAAUGAGAUAAUUUUAUCGCUGCAACCUGUGAUAAUUAUUGCUGUGAUGAGCAACUAAAAGAUCACUUGUCUGCGAGUAUAAAAACAGUUGAACAUGAGUAGUGUUUGAUCUUAUUUCUGGUCGCAGCAAAGACCAGUUCUUGUUACUGGUGACUACAACAACCACUGUAGAAGAGAAAAUUUCAUCACAUGCGAUAACUAACGUAGGUCACGAAAGUCUCUUUGUUUUCAAGGCAUUUAAGUCUUUUUCUUUCACUUUCAUCUAUCUUUUUGUGUUGUGGGGGAGGGAGAUUUAUAAAAGAGAUGAGAUGGAAUGAAGACUUCCUGUCCAAGAUAUCCUUGUUCAGAAUUGAGGUGUAAAAAUUCAAAUAAUUUGUGGUGAAAGGAUAAAAACUGGCGGAAGCUCAGUGGAUUUUGGUACACUGGCAAAAGUUUCUGUCCUUCUGAAUCUAUGACCCAUCAUAUAUUAAGAAAAGAAAUUGCAUUUCAUCGUAAUCAAAAUGAUCCGGCAUAAUGCAUUUCAUGGUGAAGAGAAAUUGGAAAUAAACACAUGAAUUAAUCUUCAUAUAAAAUCCACCCUUGGGUCUGAGGUAAAUGUAGACAGUGUCUGAAAUUCUGAGUGGCCUUGGUUAUGGGAUAGGUCUACCCAAGCAGUCGUGAAAAUACUUUUAUAGAUAACAAAAGUCUGAGAGUGUAGUUUCCACUAAACGUCUGGAGGUUCAAAAAGGUUUGUCAAAUCUUACCCUGUAUUUUGUCACUAUUUCAUAGAUGAGGUAGAAAACUUCAUGAUAUUUUGAAACAAAUUCAUGCGCAGGCCUUGUCUGUUAUCAAAUCUCCUGUAACCAAAUUGAAAAUUGGAAAUCUUUUCUAAUUUUUGAAUGUUCAGGUGUUGAUUGAUUUACAGAUAGCAGUACCGUUACAAUUCCUGUUUCAAUGUGAAAGCUCUGUCACCUCAGACCUGCAAGGUUAACUUAUUCACGGGUAAUAUUGCCAGGUUACUCAUGUAACCGUGGCAAUGUGACCCUAUGACCCUUUUGAAAAUAAUCAGUGUUGUGAUGUAACUGUGUUCUGUCUUGAACCGAUUUUAUGGAAUUGUGUAUAAUGGACUUUUGCCCGCCCUAAAUUGGUUCAUUUCAUAUGUGUGUUAUGUACGGGAAAUUCCUACUGAUGCACUUGAAAUUUGACUCAAUUUGGGACAGACUGAACUAUAUAUACUUCAUGUGAGCUUGUAUGAAGAUUGUAAAUUAUGAUAAUAAUGACAAAGAAAAAUAGCCA